UUGGAUUGCGCAGGCGAAAGAAGUCUGAAGACUUUAGUUAGCAUGAAGUAUUUAGUUGCAUUUGGUUUGUCUUUAGUUUUAGUUUGCAUUACUCUGACAAGUGCUAUAUUACCUUACAAACAAGUAUUACAGCACAGUAGAAUCAGAGGCAGACAGCAUGGCCCCAAUGUAUGUGCUAUGCAACAAGUAGCAGGAUCCAACAAGAAGUACUUUACCAACUGCAAGCAGUGGUACCGUCGGAAAAUCUGUGGCAAACCAACGAUUUUAAGAUAUGAAUGCUGCCCUGGAUACUCGAGGAUGCAGGGUGAGAAAGGCUGCCCUGUUGCUUUACCAAUUGAUAAUAUCUACAACACUUUGGGGAAUGUUGGAUCAAGCUCCACUCAGCUUUAUUCAGACCAAGCCAAACUCAGACCAGAGAUUGAAGGACCUGGGACAUUCACAAUGUUUGCUCCCAGUAAUGAAGCCUGGGCUGCUCUUCCAGCUGAAGUAGUUGAUGCUCUCGUAAGCAAUGUCAAUAUUGAGUUGCUCAAUGCCUUACAUUACCAUAUGGUUGACAGACGCAUUCUCACAGAUGAACUGAAGCACGGUGUGACAUUGCCUUCAAUGUAUCAAGAUUUAAAUAUAUUUGUGCAUCACUACCCCAAUGGCAUUGUCACAGUUAACUGUGCUCGGAUAAUGAAGGCUGACCAUCUUGCAACCAAUGGUGUUGUGCAUGUCAUUGACAGAGUCAUCACGGCUUUUACAAAUACCAUUCAGGAUACUCUUGAAAUUGAUGAUAACUUUCAGCAGCUUAGAGCUGCGGUAGCUGCUGCAGGGCUUGAGGAAAUGCUUAGCCAAGAAGGAGAGUACACACUCUUUGCUCCCACUGAUGAAGCAUUCAGAAAGAUACCACCUGCAACUCUGAACAGAAUCUUAGGAGAUCCAGAGGCUCUGAAAUCUCUACUCAAUUACCACAUUCUGAAAAAAGUACAGUGUGCGGAAGCCAUCAUCUCAGGUGUACCUAUGGAAACCAUGGAAGGCUCAACACUGGAGAUCGGCUGUAAUGGUGACGGUCUGACAAUCAAUGGUAACACCAUUAUUACCGACAAGGAUAUACUAGCAACAAAUGGGGUCAUCCAUAUGGUUAAUGAGCUACUGAUCCCUGAUUCUGCCAAAACCCUCCUAGAAUUGACUAACAAGCCUGGUGUUACCAAGAUUGGUGACCUCUUCAGACAAGCCGGUCUAACCUCCCAUUUAGAAGGAAGAGAACCUUUAACACUACUCGCUCCUCAGGAUAUAGCAUUUACAGAAGUAUCUCCAGUUAUAAAUGAAGAUGUGAGGAAUCUACUGCUGGACCACAUCGUGAAAGAUCAGCUGUCCUCCAAAUAUCUGUACCAUGGGCAGAAACUUGACACUCUGAGUGGCAAAAAACUGAGAAUCUUUAUGUACCGUAAUGCUUUAUGUGUUGAAAACUCAUGUGUUGCUGCACAUGACAGAAGAGGGAGAUAUGGUACAAUGAUGAUAAUGGACAAAAUACUGACUCCUCCAGCUGGUACAAUUAUGGACAUUCUGAAAGCUGAUGAUCGCUUCAGUAUGUUUGUCGGAGCCAUCCAGACAGCAGGACUGACUGAAAAUCUCAACAGACCCGGUGCAUUUACAAUCUUUGCACCUACUAAUGACGCUAUCCUGGCUCUACCUGGCAGGGAACGGAACAGAAUUAUUGGUGACCCAAGUUUGCUGAAGUACCAUAUCGCUGAACAAAUCUUGGUUAGUGGUGGUGCUGCCAGUCAGAUGGUACGAUUGAAAAGCUUGCAUGGCGCUAAGCUGGAAGUGGGAACAAUAAAAGAUGUUCUCAACGUAAACAAAAUUUCAGUUAUAGAUUCUGACCUGAUGGCAACAAAUGGGGUGAUCCAUGCUAUUGAUACUGUUUUGCAGCCCUUUGCUACAAGACAGCCAGAAAGCCGUAAUGGCAUGGAGAUCAGCAGUGAAGAUAUUCUUCGCUUUGGAGUCAGCCCAGCUAAGAUUCCAAGUCCUAGGCUACGAAAAGUUACCAGAGAUGCCAAUCUGCAAAAAAGCAAGUAAUGUGAAAAGCAGCCAGCUGAUCACUGCAAGAACUUUUUCAGGAACUCUGAAUUCUGUGACUCAGAUUUUUUUUUCACUUGAAUGUUCAUAUCCCAUAGCAUGUCAUUUCUUCAUUAUGAUGUCAUAUUAUUUGCUUGUUUGUACAUUUUUCAGAUUGGAUUUGAAAUUGAAGUGCUACUUUUUUUUUAACAGAACACUCAAGAUUGCAUUUUGCAUUCUUAUUAAUGGGGUGCAAGGUAUGGAGUCUGGGUUGAAGCAACAACCAGUCUACCAGAGCAGUUUGCAGAUUUGAAAUGCAGAACACGUGUGGAUAUAUUUGUAUGUAUGUUAGUGCUUGUAUGCGUCAGUAAAUGUAUGCCUGUGCACGAGCGUAUAGAUGUGUUUUUGUGCACAUCUGAAUUGUGUGUUCGUUUGCAUGUGUGCUUGUGUGAUAUUGUAUAUUUGUAGUUAAGUCACUGCAAGCCUAUGCAUGUACCAUUCAACAGACUUCUUCUAUGGAGUUGUCUUAAUUUCUGGUUUACUUGUUAUGAAUAUAACCCACCAUUUACCCAAAAAGGGAUAUUAACUGUAAUACCACAUAUUUUUGUUUCCAUUUAAUUUUUAGUUUUGUUUGCUUCAAUUAUUCACGUGCUAGUUUGUGUUGAUGAACCCGAAUGUUUCAUGUCGGUGUUAAAGUAUUUGCAUGUCACAAGUUGCAAUCUGCGUUUGUGCUAUUUUGCUUAAACUUUGGUAAGGGAUAUUUUAUAUACGUAUAUAUAUUUCCAAUUAGGUUGGAAAUCCUUUUUUAAUAAUAUAUUUAUCUUCAAAAUUUGUCCUGUGAUACUUUCAUAAAAAAUCAUUUCUCUAAAGCAAUUUGCAGCUACAAUAAAAUGUUCAUUUUUUAAAA